UUUUUUUUUAUUUCCAAGAUUUUUGGCAUUAAAAUCCAAAAUUAAUAAAUUUAAGAAGGCCUUUACGGAGGGUUAUAUGGAGGUUAUGGAUGGGGCGCUGCGCCGUACUGGCAUUCCCAUGACGGGCAUGAAGGUUGGAAUGGACAACACGGUCAUCAUGGGCAUGGAGUACAUCAUGAUGGAUAUGGAAAACAUGGGGAUUGGGGACAUGAUCGGUAUGGAAAUGAUGGAUGGGGACAUGGCUACAAACAUAAAGACAAUCACGGUAGGGAAGAAUUUUGUGUUUUCUAAUAAUAUUGUUUCGGCUUGGAAAACAAUUCCGGAAAAUACAACUUUAUGAAACGUGUGUUUUAGAAAUAUGUAUUUCUGUUAUAAUAAACUUGUGUUUUAUUAAAAGUUGUGUAUUUUGUAUUUUCCGGAACAUGUAUUUUCCGGAAGUUUUUACAAAACUUGUAUUUUCCGGAAAGAUGUAUUUUAUAAAAUAUUCUGAUUUAAACAAAAGAUAAAACACAAAUUUGUUUAAGACGAUGGACACGCAGCCGGUUAUGCAAAGGGUGACAAAUCAGACUGGUCUAAUUAUCAAUACGGAGGCCAAGGAAAUAAGGCACAAGGGGAUUCGUAUGCUAAGGGAUAUAAUAGUGCUUGGGGUGAUGGACAUGAUGAUGGAACUGACUACAAACAUGCCCAUGGAGAUGGACAUGACAGGCAAAAAAAAAUUUUUUAUAAAAAAUUAAAAUAUUCCCCAUUUAAAAUAAAAUAAAAAUAAAAUUUUAUAGCGGUUGGGGAUCCCACAGUGGACAUCAUGAUGACAAACAUUGGGACGGUCAUGGAGGAGAUGGGCAUUGGGGAGGUCAUGGAGGACAUAGUCACCAUGGAGGAGGAGGAUAUGGUCAUGGAGGAGGAUAUGGACAUUGAGUACUAUUAGAAUGAAGAAAAGAAAAAGAA